UUGUGUCAGGUCUGCAGCGCGGAGGUCGCAGUCGUCUCUCUCUGUUUCUCAGACUGACCGGAUCUACGGUUCGGCUGCAGACUGAGCUCCGACCCGGUUCCAGGAGCCGCUGGUCCAGGGACGGAGCGCCUCCAGGAGCGCUGCGUAAAGGCGCAGAGUCACCAGGAGCCCAACGGACUUGUUUCUCUCCAGCUGUCCUCAUAUCGGAGCAGCAGGGAGGUUUUGUCCGGUUUCGGUUGCUGCCGAUUUCCUCUCCAUGGAUGGUUGAGCAGCCCGACACGUCGCGGACUUUGGCCCCGGGAUCAGAGCUCCUUGCCCGGCCAGCAGCUCCGGAGCAGCCGCUGCUCCCGGUUCCUGGAGCGUUUUUAAUUUUUCCUCUUGAUUUGUUCAAACGCGUCCAGUUGAGUUUGAUUUGGAUUCACGGACUUGCUUCAUGGAAGGAGAUUCCCAAUGAAGAGUUCACUAUUCCCCGGAGCGGAUCGGGACUCCCAGUGAUUUACCCCAACCCGCCUCUGCAGGGGCAAACCGGGAGCAGAGGAUCCAGAUUUAGAGACUUCCUGUGGCUCCCUGAGGUCCCGAUGCGUGAGGCCCCUCGCAGGCUUCCUGCUUCUUCCCCGUGAAACUCAGGUGGUGCGUCGGGACGAUGGAGCGCGGCCGCCUGCUGUGUGUCCUCCUGCUCUGCUUGGCGGACGGAGUGGCGGCCCGAAGCGUUCCCCAGAUCAGAACCAAAGAUCUCCGUGCGUCCAGGGCUCUUAUCAUACCAGGGUAUCCAGAAAACACCACAGUGGUGGUUGGUGGCCAGGCGAAACUCUUAUGCAAAGUCCACAGGCCGGUAUCUACCAAGGUCCAGUGGCUGAAAACAGAAUCUAGCAGCUCAGGACAAACCGGAGCCGGACCGCCUCACAUCAAGGCCCUGACAACCCUGAAAGGUAAUGGCUCCAAGGUCAGCACCCUCCAUCUGCUCAAUAUCACCAUGGAAGAUGCAGGCGAAUACAUCUGCAUGGCCGAAAGCGUCCAUGGGGGGCGGACAGCUCAGGCCAUGCAGUCAGCAUGGUUGGAAGUCCUGCCUGGUGCCAUCAAAUCCAGAGAAGUGACCGCUGCUGAAAUCCGACCAGAGGUUCCUCAGGACCUUAGUGAGGACGCCACUGAAAAUCUUCUGUUGGAGCCGGGAAACAUUUUGAAGCUGCGCUGCGAUACGAACACCUGGCCAGGCAUGGCGGUCAGCUGGUACAAGGAAGGGGUCAGGCUGCUGGCCACACCCCGCAUCCAGCUGCGUGGUGCCAUCAUGGAGAUCACAGGUGUGACGUAUGAGGAUUCAGGAUUGUAUGCUUGUGUUCUUCGAGGAACUACAAAUCCUGUGCGGAACUUCACAAUCACUGUGGCAGACAUGCUGGGAUCAGGAGACGAUGAUGAGGACAACGGCUUGGAGGAUUCAUCUGCUGAAACUGAAAAGGACCAAGUUUACUUCUCUAGAGGGCCCUAUUGGACCCACACCCAUCGCAUGGAGAAGAAGCUGUAUGCUGUUCCUGCAGGAAACACUGUGAAGUUUCGCUGCCCUGCCAUGGGGAGUCCAAUGCCAACAAUCCGCUGGCUCAAAAACGGACGUGAAUUCAGAGGAGAGCACCGCAUCGGUGGAAUUAAGCUAAGACAUCAGCACUGGAGCCUGGUGAUGGAGAGCGUUGUGCCCUCAGACAGAGGGAACUACACCUGCGUGGUGGAGAACAGAUAUGGAUCCAUCACCCACAGCUAUGUUCUUGAUGUUUUGGAGCGCUCCCCCCACAGGCCCAUCCUGCAAGCCGGUCUACCUGCCAACACCACAGCGGUGGUGGGCAACGAUGUUCAGUUCCACUGCAAGGUUUACAGCGACGCCCAGCCUCACAUCCAGUGGCUCAAACACAUUGAAAGGAACGGCAGCCGCUACAGUCCUGAUGGGACUCCCUACGUUCAGGUCCUCAAGACUGGCAGUCUGAACAUGUCCGAGGUAGAGGUGCUCUACCUGUCUAAAGUUACCCUGGACGAUGCAGGAGAGUACACCUGCCUGGCUGGCAAUUCAAUCGGCUUUGCCUACCAGUCGGCCUGGCUCACCGUGCUUUCAGAAGAAGAAGCAGCCGAGUCCAUGGAGACCAUGGAGACCAAGUACACCGACAUCAUCAUCUACGCCUGUGGCUUCGUGGCUCUGAUCAUGGCCGUCAUCAUCGUGGUGUUGUGCCGGAUGCAGGUCCAUCCACGGAGGGAGCCUUUCGACGCACUUCCUGUCCAGAAGCUCUCCAAGUUCCCUCUGCGCAGACAGUAUUCAGUGGAGUCCAACUCGUCUGGGAAGUCCAGUGCAUCUCUGAUGAGGGUGGCUCGACUGUCGUCCGGCUGUUCGCCGAUGCUAGCUGGAGUUAUGGAGUUUGAGCUGCCGUACGAUCCAGACUGGGAGUUCCCAAGGGAGAACUUGACUCUGGGAAAACCUCUUGGAGAGGGCUGCUUUGGUCAGGUGGUCAGAGCCGAAGCUUUUGGCAUCAACAAGGACUUCCCGGAUCAGGCCACCACUGUUGCGGUCAAGAUGCUCAAAGAUGACGCCACAGACAAAGACCUUGCAGACCUCAUUUCAGAGAUGGAGCUGAUGAAAGUAAUGGACAAGCACAAGAACAUCAUCAACCUACUGGGGGUCUGCACACAGGAUGGCCCCCUGUACGUGCUGGUGGAGUUCGCCUCCAAAGGCAGCCUGAGGGAGUACCUGCGGGCCAGGCGGCCUCCAGGCAUGGAUUACACCUUUGAUGUGACUAAAGUGCCUGAGGAGCAGCUCACCUUCAAAGACCUGCUUUCCUGCGCCUACCAGGUGGCCCGAGGGAUGGAGUACCUGGCCUCUAAAAGGUGCAUCCACAGGGACUUGGCAGCCAGGAACGUCCUGGUGACGGAGGACAAUGUGAUGAAGAUCGCAGACUUCGGCCUGGCCAGAGGUGUCCACCAGAUCGACUACUACAAGAAAACCACCAACGGCCGGCUGCCGGUGAAAUGGAUGGCACCAGAAGCUUUGUUUGACAGAGUCUACACCCACCAAAGCGACGUAUGGUCGUUCGGCGUCCUGAUGUGGGAGAUUUUCACGCUGGGUGGUUCGCCGUACCCCGGCAUCCCGGUGGAGGAGCUCUUUAAGCUGCUGAAGGAGGGGCACCGCAUGGACAAGCCGUCCAACUGCACACACGAGCUCUACAUGCUGAUGCGUGAAUGCUGGCACGCUGUUCCCACCCAGAGACCGACGUUCAAGCAGCUGGUGGAGGAGCUGGACAAAGCGCUGCUCUCCAUCUCUGACGAGUACUUGGACCUGUCCACGCCGUUUGAGCAGUACUCGCCGUCCUGUGAGGACACUUCCAGCUCCUGCUCUUCCGACAACGACUCUGUUUUUACGCAUGACGCCCUGUCCACCGACCCCUGCCUCCUGGCCUAUCAGGACGUCCGCUCUCGGAUCGACCCCAAAACGGCUCUCCGAUAGACUCUGCUUCCUGCUGGCGCCUCACCGAAGGUCGAAGUUGCAUUUCCCAACUUAAAGGUGUAAUUCUCAUUGGACUUUUCAUGGAAGCCCUUAGAUAGAAGUAGGCAUUUAUAUCCACACGGAGCACUGAGGCCAGCGGAGGAAAACGCACGUAGCGCUCAGGAGGACAAGCUGAACUCUGCUGGCUUGAAACCGGCUGCUGACGGUGAAACGAGGCGGCGCUGCAGGAAAGACGCUGGAACUCAAAACUCAAUCUGUGCUUUUUCUGCGGUCAGUUCGCCUCUGGAGAGGCGACGGACAAAGAGCUGCUUCACCAACCCAAAAACCAGGGCUGCAGACCUGAAGACGUUUUAAAGACAAAUUACUAUUUUGCUAUGAUAAAAAGUUAAGAAAUUGAUUGUUGAUAUAAAUUGCUCUAUAUAAUAAUAUUUUAUGUUUGUAUUGCUUAUUUAAAAAAGAAGAAGUCUUAAAUCUCAGGAUCUCUCACUCUAAGAAGUUGCUGUAGUGGCAGCAAAGUGCCUGAACUGAUGAUUUCCUGUGAAUAUAUUAGAGUAAUAAAAUAUUUUAUGAACAUAUCAGUGAC